CAGCUGACUUGUGAGCUGCUGGCAGCCCAGGGAGGGUGCAAGCGGAGGAAGGGAAAGUCCCUCGCUGUCCCAGGGCGUCCCCUUCCCCUACUCCUGCAGUCCGUCAGCCCCUGGAGAAGGCUGGAAGGCGCCCCUUCCUGUGCCGCGUGGAGCAGGCAGCAUCGGAUCCGGGAGGCAGCCUGCUCUGCAGAGAUGGAGCUCUCGCGGGAGCUGUACGAGACCCCCGGGGACAGGCUGGAAGCCUUCGUGAGGCGCAGCCUGCAGCCCCAGGGGGGCUGGAAAGAGCAGGUGCAGGACACCUGGCACAGAAUCCAGCAGUUCCUGCAAGAUCAGUGCUUCGAGGAUGAGCUGGUCCAGGACCGGGAGGUCAGGGUGCUGAAGGUGGUGAAGGGUGGCUCCUCGGGGAAAGGGACAGCGCUGAACCACAGCUCCGACCUGGACAUUGUCCUGUUCCUCAGCUGCUUCUCCAGCUUCCAGGAUCAGGCGUUCUUUCGAGAAGAGAUCAUCAACUUCAUUGAGGAAAGACUGGAGUACUGCAGCAGAAGCCUGGCCUACAGCAUCACCGUGGCGCACCACAAAAACGGGGCCAGGGCCCCCCGCUCUUUGUUCCUCCAGGUCCAGUCCAAGAAGAGCAGUGAUGUCAUCCGGGUGGACCUGCUCCCAGCCUUUGAUGCUCUCGGACCCCUGAACCCAGACUCCAAACCAGCCCCGGAAAUCUACGCGGAUUUAAUCCGCAGCAUCAGCUACCCCGGGGAAUUCUCCCCCAGCUUCACCGUGUUACAGAGGCACUUUGUGAAAAGCCGACCUAUGAAACUGAAGAAGCUCCUGCAGUUGGUGAAAUUCUGGUACCUGAAGUGCCUGAAACCUAAAUACCGAAGAGUAGCAUUACCCUCCAAAUACGCCCUGGAACUGCUGACCAUCUACGCCUGGGAGAUGGGUACAGACGAGAGCGAGAGCUUCAGCCUGGACGAAGGGCUUGUGGCCGUGAUGGGGCUCCUCCAGGAUUACGAAGACAUCUGCAUCUACUGGACCAAGUACUACGAUUUCCAGAAUGAGGCUGUCAAAAACCAGAUCAAGCAACAGUUGAAGGGGAGCAGGCCCGUUAUCCUGGAUCCAGCUGACCCCACCAACAAUCUGGGAAGGAAAAGAAAUUGGGACGUAGUAGCCAAAGAAGCUGCUCACUGCCUGCGACAGGUUUGCUGCACGACUGUGGACCCCAGCCAGCGCUGGCAUGUGCAGAGAGCAAGGGGCGUGCAGGUGACUGUGAAGCAGACAGGACUGGAGACCUGGACCCUCUCGGUGGACCCGUACAGCCCCAUCUGGAAGAUGAAGGCAGAGAUCAAGAAGAAGAACUUGAUUUUGGGGCAGCAGCGCCUCUCCUUUCAGGAGGCGGGAGGGGAGCGGCAGCUGCUCAGCUCCCAGCGGACUCUGGCAGACUACGGGAUCUUCUCCAAGGUGAACGUGCGCGUGCUGGAGACCUUCCCUCCUGAGAUCCAGGUGUUUGUCAAGGACUCCAGUGGCCACAGCACGCCCUACGCCAUCCACCCCGAAGACACCAUCCGUCACUUGAAAGAGAAGAUCGAGGAUGCAGGAGGGCCAUUGGUGGAGGACCAGAUGCUGAAGUUCCAGGGCUGGAAGCUGGGAAACCAUCGCAGCCUGGAGAGCCUGGACAUUGAGGACUGUGACACUGUCCUGCUCAUUCGGAGAAACACAGACUCCCCAAGACUGCCCCCGGCCCCGCAGUGGAGUCCCACCGCUUUCUACUUGGAUCCUUUCACUAAGUACUAUUAUCCUUCAACGAGACGUUAAUUAGUGCAGCCAGUCUGGCCAACCGCAUGGAGGUUUCCUCUUAGAAACAGAACCCCCAUUAUGAUCCGGUCAUCCCACUACUAGGUAUGUAAAAUCCAGAAGACGUGAACUCAUUGCUAUUAAAGAGACACCUGCUGCACACGCAUAGAGCAGCUCUGUACACGACAGCCAAGACAGGGAAACAAGCAAGGUGUUCCUCGUCAGGCGAAAGGAAGAUGGAAACACGAUCAGGCGUCCCUUAUGGGCGCUGGUUCGAGACCCAGGUGCUCCACUUCCGAUCCAGCUCUCUGCUGUAGCCUGGGAAAGCAGUAACAGAUGGCCCAAGUGCUUGGGCCCCUACACCUGCAUGGGAGACCCAGAAAAAGCUCCUGGCUCCUGGCUUCAGAUCGGCGCAGAUCUAGCCAUUGCUGGCAAUUGGGGAGUGAACCAGCAGAUGGAAGACCUCUCUCUCUCUCUCUCUCUCUCUCUCUCUGCCUCCUUCUCUCUCUGUGUAACUCUGACUUUCAAAUAAAUAAAUAAAUCUUUUUUUAAAAAAAAAGGCCUGGAGAGGUGGGAAAGAUAGAAUGAGUUUAGAUUU